CCCCACCUCCGCUGCCCUGAUGCUUAACAAGCUGAUGCCCCCGAAAGCCCUCGGUGAGACCCUCUAGGCAAAUCGCAGGAAGCAGGGAAGCUCUUCAGGGUUACCUUGUGUGUAAUAACCUGGAGCAGGCACUAGGACCGCCCCGACGCCGAUCGGCAGCCGAGCUUCACAGCCUGUCAGAGGGACUGAGCCGCCUUUGCUGUUACACAAGAGAGCCGACAGCAGCAGUAGCUCAACAUCCUCCCCCCUUCUGGCCCCUUGGAAGCUGACGGAAGCAACAGUGCCAUAAAGAAAUGGGCUAGAUAUUUCCAGAGGCUGAAAUCUGGAGACAUUUGAAGGUGCCUGCCGAGUCCAUCACUAUGACCGAUGGGGACUAUGACUAUCUGAUCAAACUCCUGGCCCUUGGAGAUUCGGGGGUGGGGAAGACGACAUUUCUUUAUCGAUACACAGACAAUAAAUUCAAUCCCAAGUUUAUCACCACUGUAGGGAUAGACUUCCGGGAAAAACGUGUGGUUUAUAAUGCACAGGGACCCAAUGGAUCAUCAGGGAAAGCAUUUAAGGUGCAUCUUCAGCUGUGGGACACUGCAGGACAAGAACGAUUCCGGAGCCUCACAACUGCAUUUUUCAGAGAUGCCAUGGGUUUCUUAUUAAUGUUUGACCUCACCAGUCAACAGAGCUUCUUGAAUGUCAGAAACUGGAUGAGCCAACUGCAAGCAAAUGCUUAUUGUGAAAAUCCAGAUAUAGUAUUAAUUGGCAACAAGGCAGACCUGCCAGACCAGAGGGAAGUUAAUGAAAGGCAAGCCCGGGACCUGGCUGACAAAUACGGCAUACCAUAUUUUGAAACAAGUGCAGCAACUGGCCAGAAUGUGGAGAAAGCCGUGGAAACCCUUCUGGACUUAAUAAUGAAGCGAAUGGAACAGUGUGUAGAGAAGACACAAGUCCCUGACACCGUCAACGGUGGAAACUCGGGAAAGCUAGAUGGGGAGAAACCAGCAGAGAAGAAAUGUGGCUGCUAGUCCCUGCAUAGGAACUGAUCAUCAAAAACCCCACCCAAAUAUUACUUCCCAAAACAGCGGCAAACCACAAAAUUGUUGUUGAGUAGACCAUGCAUACUGGCAUAUCUUGCUUUUCUGCCUGAAAAAUCUAUUUUAAGAAACCAGAAUAGUCAACAGUGUUCAAAGGAUUGACCAGUUGUCUCUGAGGCCCCUCCAGACAAGAUCAGAGAUUUCCUAAUGUGGUCUCACUAUGAUGGAUGCUCAAUUUGUGUAUGUGUGUGUGUGUUUAUAAAGAAGAUGAGUAGAUUAGAAAGUAUUCAAGAUGAUUAUCUGUGAGUUUUAAAUCAGAACAAAAAUUACCAUGUCACAUGGGGGAAAGGGAUAGGCCAGUAAAGGGAAAAUAUAGAAAGACAAUUUUUUUCUUAAAGAUUGGAUUUACUUCUCAUAUAGAAUUAGAUUUGUCCUUUCACUUUUGCAUUGGGGGGACAUAUUUAGCUAAAAAUGGGUACCCAAUAAAGAAAUCUAAAUCGAUCGUUAAGAAUGACAUGGCUAUGUACACCCAAUAAGCUGUCCUAGGAUGGCUUAAUUGCUGAUAAGUUGAUGAGAGUGUGAAAGUCAGACUUCUGCUAAAAUAUGGGAGAUUGUAUGUUAAUGUCCUUUUUAUAUUCUUAAUAAAUGGCAAAUAGACAAGAACAGGACUGUGAAUGACAAAGUACAAAAGAAAUACCCUGGAAGAAAAAUGAACGUAUGAUAACAUGGCAUUUGGACAAAUGAAAUUAAAUGUGUCUGUUACAGAUGUCUGGAAGAGUCAUUUAGCCAAAUUUCACCCAAGCCAAUUAGAAGUUGACAUUAUCACUUGGGAUUAAGAGAAUCUCCAGAGGUUUCCCUUUCAAACAAAAUUUUGGAAAUCAGUUCAUUGUUCAGUCUCACGUUUCAUUUUUCUUAGCAAAUGUUCAUGAGGAGAAAUUAAAGGUUGCCAAAUUUCUUUAUUUCUUUAGAAAUGCAGUCAAGAAAAACUAUUUAGCCUUACUUGCUUUUUUUAGAUAAAAUAUGUCAGCAAUAUGAAAACAAAAAGUGACUAAUAGUUGUGCGUUUCUUUUUAAUUUACAAAAACAAUGGAAACUUGGAAUCACUUUUCUACCCUCCACACCCACCCCUGGCUUUGAAUCAAUUGUAAAAAUACAGAUGUAUCACUUUGUAGAGCAACAACGUCAGAAUGAUGGAUGGUUUUAUGCUCGCUCUGAAUUUUCAUGUCAUUCAUCACAUAAAAAUUGAUGAUACCUCAUGCCAUAAAACAAUAUAUUUAACAUUUGUUUUCAUUUCACCUCAGGCAAAAUACCCACCUUUGAGGUAUAUUUGGGGGUAGGGAAAGAGUGGAGCUAUAUCUUACCUCUAAAAAGUUGGUUAAUCAUUUUAUUUUUUCACAUAAAACUGCCUUUUUUAAAAAAAAAUCAUCACAAGCAUAUUUUCCAUUGUCCUAUUCUUAGUAUUGUGUCUAAACUGAUAUUACAUUGGUUUUUUUUUAUCUUUAUGGUAAGCCUAAGGAACUCCUAUUAAACGAUUAUUUAAAUACUUGUCAGUUUUACCUAUAACAAAGGCAUCACGCUUCAAGUUUUCUCUUUUUAUCGUGAGUAUAUAAUUUUGAUAGGAUGGUUCCUCUUCCUAUAAAAUUUGCUAAUUAAAUUUCAUUUUGCCAUACUCUGUAUAUUUUUAAAUUACAAACAUUAGGAACCCUAAAUCCAAGUCCCCCAUUCUCCCCUUGAGCCUCUCUCUAAGGUCUACAUCUGGUAUUGACUCAGUUUUAGGAACACAGAUCCAAAGGAUUGUCUAAGAUGUUCUUGCAAAAUUCUCAGUGUUAAUUGCUCAGUUCCUCUGACUUCUGCAGCAUAAGGCCAGCUUCUAAGAUCCAUCCUGCUUGGGUGUUUCUUCCAAUGGUGUUUUUCUCUACGAUGCUCUUCGUGACCUCAGUGCCUGAGCCAUGGGGAUAGUAAGCUAUUAGCCAAGCUCAAAGAUGUUUUAACUGAGAGUAAAGUGAGAAGAAGCAAUAUAAUCGUUGCUGUGGCAAAAUUUGGCAAACUUCCUAUGGUCAUUUUAUCAACUCUUCUUUGGAUUCGAAUUGUGAUGUCCCCUGCAUCUCCGUAAUAGGGAACGUUUAGCCUUUAUAAAAUCCUAAAGGUAUUCUAUUUUGGAUUUGGUUUUUUGUUUUUGUUUUUGUUUGCUGUUUGUUUUUGGUUUCUAUUCUUUUUCCAGUUAUAUGAUUGACUUAUUUUUGCCAAGAUUCUGUCAUUGUCAGUUAUUUCACAAGAAUUUCUUCGGAGUCUAUUUUAAGAUCAUUAUUUGAUAGAUGUAGCAUGAAGCAGAGGGUGAUGAUGCCCAUAAUUAUAGAACUAUGCCUAUAAAAAUAACAAUUAUUGGGUAGCAUUCUCAAGAGGAAGGAAAUCUAAAGAAGACAAGGAAACUAAAAUAGCAUCCUGCUUGUAAAUAAGUACUUGAUCUAAAAAAAUAUUUUCUCUGACAAGUUUGACAUCUGAUCCCAAAUUAUAUGUCACCAUUACUGGAAAUUCCUUCACUUAAUUAUUUCAGAAUUAAUAAUUAUGUAUAAUCCAUUUUAUAAUUUCAAAUUGGUUUGAAAUUGCUUGUUAGUAUACAGACUGCUUUAAAGAAUUGCAUACCUCCUUUAACCCAAAACAGCAUGUAUUUUUAGCCCAGAUGUAUCCUGUUAUUGUUAUCUCCCAAAUGCUUUGGUAAACCCCCAUACUGUAUUUUGGGGAAAUAUUUAAAAUGUAGAUGAAACUUCUUUCUGAUAUAGAAAUCACUUCUGGAGUGCUUACACUAGUUUGAUGUUUACAUUGCUUUAACACAGUGCCUCGAAUACUUCUGUGACCAAAUUUGUCUCCAACCACAUAGCUCACAUUUCCUGUGAUGUCAUAAGAGGGCCUCACAGAGACACUAAUACAGUGAAAGAUGUCCUGGUAUCUUCAGCAAAGCGUACAGGAUGUUACUGGAAUCUGGAGAUGAUUACCACCAUCUCUUUCUCCUAAGCUUCUCAUGGAAAGGGCAUUGCUUGAGAUUCAACUGUGAGUAGGUACAAGGUUACCUUCUAAUACACAGAAAGAAAAAUCCUUUGAAAACUGUGUCAAAAAAUAGCUGAGAAAACAUGUUGUCUUGGUAUGACGGGUGUCACAAGUCAUAAAUUGGCAGAGAAAAUGCGAAAUGCUAGAAAUUGAGCUUGUGGGUCUCUACGUAAGUUUUAGAAUUCUUGAAACCGCUCUAGUGAUUUGCUAUCAUUUCCAUAUUAUCAGCUAUACACUGCAAAAAAAUUCAAAACCAGCAUUUUCUAAAGCAAAGUAAACAUUUCAUCUGUUGUUCUGAACCAGAUGGGCCAGUCCGGUCCAUGUAUCAGCGGAUGUCUUUGUUAUGCUUCUAGCAUAAAUUAUUCUCUGCCAACCUGCACACACAAAAUAAAAUGAACUGGGUAAGAGUUUUAAUCAGAUCUUUCUUGUCUCCACUGUAAGAGGGAGAAGUUUGACCAUAGGGAAUUACAUGACUACAUUAAGAAUAAUUUAAUAACAGCCAAAAUAUCCUAUAAAGUGUUAAUUGAAUCCAGUGGAAAUCAAUAAGUUUGAUGAAGCUCAUCUACAUACUCAUCAGCCAGAAAGAGAAGCAAUAUGUGUAAUAGUGAAUAGGUAUAGUAGGAACCUGGAACCUAUGUCCAUGACACAAAAUUAUUCACUGCUCUGUAUCUCUGCUCACUUUUAAAAAGGUUACAUAUGCUUUCUUCAGUGUCUAUUAUACUAAAACACUGAAGGAAAAUUCUCAUCCAUGAAGAAUUUUGGGGUUAUCAUCUCCAACUCAAACUGUGAAGAGAUAAUAUUGAAAUUUCUGGUUUCCUAAGAGAAUGAACUCUUUAAAAGAGAGAUCUGAGAGCUGGUGUGAGCCAAAGGGAUGGAAAAGUUGCCUUUCACCCUGUACCACCAAGCUUUAAAACAUUAAAAGAAGGCUGGUGCCUGUGAGUAUUUUAGGGAACGCUUUGUUAUCUUUAAAGAUGCCAAGAUGCUUGAGAAAGUUGUCAGAGAAUUCACCAAACACUAUAUUUUCUUCUUGAUCCUCGACCAAUAUGAUAUAAACUUGUUUCCGGGGAGAGCGCUGAGCUCUUAGACAUGGAAAGCAGAAAUAGAGUAUUAUCUGAGAUGAAUGUUGUCUCAAUGCUUUAUAAACCCAUGACGAUAUUUGUCUCAAAGUAGAACUGAUAAAAUCAUUGUUAGAAAUCUAAGGAGUUUUGUAAAUUUGUUGCCUUAGAAUUCUUAGGUGGAGACCCAAACGUGAUGACAUUGUUGGGGAAAAGCUGUAAAGGGAGGUUAGAGCUAAAUGUUGUCUGAAUAGUGUUCUUAAAUAUUGCAGAAGGCCAUACUUUGAGUUUGAUUUUUAGGUAGAAAACAAAAGGAGAAUUAGUAACAGGUAGAGUUUUUGUAACUAGAUCCAUGGCAAAUAUCUAACCAUCAUUUUUAUCUACCAAGUAGUUUAUGCCUUUAGAACUAAGCUAAUAAAAACAUUCAAACGCCAAAUGUUUCAUUAGUGGCAUCAAAAUGUGGGAACUUUGAAACAUUUUGUUUGCUCUAUCCGAACUUAAUUUUCUCAUAAGUUGCAUUUUGAUUAAUUUUUCAAGGAAUAGAAUCAAAAAGAUGCUUCUCUGCAGAUCUCCUUUUACCAACAGUGUAUGGUUGAGAUAUUUUCUAGCUUCAUACAUAGAUAGAACAAAAAACAAGCAAAAAACAUUAGUAACAAAAUAGUAGGGUUAUUUAAAAGGGUGUCAGCUUUUGAAGAAAAAAACUUACAAAGAAAUCAUCUUUGAGUCGAUCAAACUUGUUUAAUGGCUCCUUUUCUUUCCAACAGGUCACGGAAAUCAUGGCUAAUAUCCCUCAACUAACUUAGUCUUUAAGAAUCAUUAGCAAAUUUUGUAGAAGUGGGCAUGUCUGUCCUUAACCUAAUGGAUCCCUUAUUUAACCAAAGGCUCUUGUCCUUAUAUCUGUUGGAACAUCAAAAUAGUGUCUGUCCCUAGUAAACGUGUUCUUAUAAUUUUCUGUUCUCCAGGUUAUUUUUUUAAAUCCUCUUUGAGAGGAAACUUAGUAUUGUAGAAAGGAGACUCGUCAGAAAGAACAAUUUGGGGCUCAUGAGUGUGCCAUUAAAUAUCUUAGUGUGCCAUAUCUCCUCAUAUGGAACUUAUAAACCCUGUGUCCCUCAUAGACUUCAUGUCAGUAUCAAAGGAAACUACAUCUAAGAAAUUGGUUUGUAAAUUAUGUUCCCUUUCGUAAACAGGCACUAUUAUCAUAAGCUAAGAGUAAUAAAAAUUACAGUAAUAAUUUAAACCACUUGUGAAAAGAAGUGUCAUAGCAGGGACAAAACACCAAUUUUACUAGUGGGUAUUGGAAGGCAUAAAAUGUUAGCAACUUGAAGUCAUUGUAUUUGAUUGGAAAUGUUUAAUAUAUCUCAAGUUCUUGAAAAAACUAUGAGCUCUAUUUCAUUUUGUAUGUCAUCUUGUAUUUGUUUCAAGGAGUCCAAUUACAUUCUAGAUAGUAUAUUACAACUUGGUCAGGUCCUCCUUGUACAAAUAGGGCUUUUGUGUCCAUAGCCUUGCAAAAGGUACUGACUGCAUCUGAAAUUAUCUAAGAGAAAUAAGUUAUCCUGCUUAAUGUAUUAAAAAUAGAUAAUGUUCAACAUAACACUGAAGUGCUUCACUGUAUUCCGACAGUCUACCUUUAAGUGAUAUUAUUCUCAUUGUUAGGCUAAGCACUUUUGAUUGUUUUGUCUGUCAUCUACACAGACCACUGUUUUGUCUAGUGCUAUGAAUGUAAAUGAAAACCUUAAACACGGUGUUUUUACUUUAUGCACCCGUGAGUAGACUGUGGUGCCUGACAAACACUGUUAGAUCAUAAUUUUGUUGUAUCAAAGUUCUAGUGGCUUCAGAAAUCAUAGCAUCCAAUGAUUUUGUGGUGUCUGGGUUUGAAUACUAUGGUGGAGAACUGUAUUCAGUGAUUGUUUCUGCACACUUUUUCAAAUAAAAAUGCAUUUUUGUCAGUAA